AAACUAAUUUGGUUUCACCAUUUUUCUUACUGUUUUCUCUCUUUUUCUUUGUUUCUUUCCUUCGUUUUCUCAGUUGAGAAAACGAAAAAAACAAAAAAAAGAAAAUUUUAAAACAUCGUAUGGAGUUUAUUUACCAAAUCAAAACAACCCCAUUUCUUUAAAACCAGUUGAAUUUUCACUUUAUUGGUAUCCCAUGAAUAAUCCAAGCAAUAUCAAAUCUUGAAAAUCGCCAUUGAAGCUCAAGAAAUUUUAAAAAAAUUCCUUUUUUUGAUCGGAAUAUGGAAAAGAAGUAGCAAGAAAAAGAGUAUACCUUUCCGCCGCCGUCACGCCGCCGUUAAUCUUUGCUACCCAUUUUCUUUAAAAACCCUAAAUUCAAGCUCGUGAGAAAAGAAAUUAUGUCUCAUCUCGACGACAUUCCAUCAACACCGGGGAAAUUCAAGAUGGAAAAAUCACCUUUCAUUCACAGUAGAAUGAGGUGGCACUGGCAAUCUUCACUUGCGAAGCUCACUUUUUGGUCAAUUGUUUUCUUCUGUUUGAUUUUGAUCUUCUUUUUUCGAUCCCCAUCUUCAAAUCCCCUCCUUCAAGAUCCAUAUCGCCGUUCUCUCCGUACUUACAAUUGGGGCGGACCCGCAUGGGAAAAACGGGUCCGUUCUUCCGCCCGAGUCCGUUCCCGUAACGGUUUCUCCGUUUUAGUCACCGGAGCGGCCGGUUUCGUUGGAACCCACGUUUCAUCCGCUUUGAAAAAACGCGGCGACGGCGUCCUAGGGCUCGACAAUUUCAACGAUUAUUACGACCCGUCAUUGAAAAGAGCUCGCCAAGAACUCCUUGAACGCAGUGGGGUUUUCAUUGUAGAAGGCGACAUCAACGAUUCAGCCCUUUUAAUGAAGCUUUUUGAGGUCGUCGCCUUCACCCAUGUUAUGCAUUUAGCUGCUCAAGCUGGUGUAAGGUAUGCGAUGGAGAACCCUGGUUCUUAUGUGCAUAGUAACAUAGCCGGUUUUGUUAAUUUACUUGAAGUAUGCAAAUCUGCUAAUCCACAACCUGCAAUUGUAUGGGCUUCAUCAAGUUCAGUCUAUGGUCUCAAUAAUAAAGUCCCAUUUUCAGAAAAAGAUAGAACUGAUCAACCUGCUAGUUUAUAUGCUGCUACUAAGAAAGCUGGUGAAGAGAUUGCACAUACUUAUAAUCAUAUAUAUGGAUUGUCAUUAACCGGUUUGAGGUUUUUCACGGUUUACGGACCGUGGGGAAGGCCGGAUAUGGCGUAUUUCUUCUUCACUAGGGAUAUUUUGAAAAGGAAACCGAUACCGAUAUUCGAGGCUGCUAACCACGGUACGGUAGCUCGGGAUUUUACCUACAUUGAUGACAUUGUGAAAGGUUGUUUAGCUGCUUUGGAUACUGCUGAGAAGAGUACCGGUACCGGUGGGAAGAAGAAAGGUCCGGCUCAAUUGAGAGUGUAUAAUUUAGGGAAUACUUCGCCCGUGCCGGUUUCCACUCUCGUGAGCAUCUUGGAGAGACUUUUGAAGGUUAAGGUGAAGAGGAACAUUAUGAAGUUACCACGGAACGGGGACGUUCAAUUUACGCAUGCCAAUGUUAGUUUGGCUCAAAGGGAGCUCGGAUAUAAGCCUACAACCGAUUUGCAGACCGGAUUGAAGAAAUUCGUGAAGUGGUAUACCAGUUUCUAUUCCGGUGGGAAGAAAGCUGCCGGAUAAUCCAAUCGGCGGCAUCACGGUAGGAUGAUAUGAUCCUCUCUGAAUCAUUUUUAUAAAAUUGCUUUAUAACAUCUCUGUUUGCUUUGAGAUUAUGGUUUGUUCCACAUUUAUCUUAUAUAAGGUGAUAUUUUUUGGUCACUGGGAAAUUGGCAGAUGCUGUAUCAAAACAACACUUGAACAAUCUCUUUUUUCUUUUCUUUUUUUUAUAAUUAUUAUAUAUAUUUUUAAUUUUUAAUUUUUAACAUGGAAUGAAAUUGUUGUAGUUUUGGCCC